AUGACGAGCGAUGGAGCGAACGUGGAGGAGUCGCUGCAAUGGGCUCGAAGAGCGGGAACGCUUGUCAAUCAAACCGGUGUGUUGGGAAGAGAAUCGAUUUUCGGGGAGGGAGGAUCCGAUGCGUUCAUUCACACAUCGCCGCAGCACUUGAAGGCGCUGCUGGAAGGCGUGGAUGGGACCAUGGGACGCGCCUAUCGGGAGAAGAAGAGCGUGUUUACGAUUGCUCCGAUCAACACAAACCACGUGUGCUCGAUGAGUCCGUCGAUCCAUGCGAAUACGCCGAAGUUCGAUGGUGUCCAUAUUCUAAGUCGCAUCCUGUCGUCCACGUACCUUCACAAGCAUAUUCGCGAGGAGGGAGGAGCGUACGGCACGGGCAGUUCGCAUCUCAGCGGCGCUCUUUUCUUCUCCAGCUUUGCGGAUCCGAACGUGCUUCGCUCGGUGAAUCACUUUGUGCAGGGAAGCAAAUGGCUGCGCGAUGCGCAGUACUGUGAGAACGAUAUCAAAGAGGCUCGGCUGAGUUUGUUUGGGGAGAUCGACGCGCCCGUGGAGCCGCAAACGAUCGGCUUCGCGGAUUUGUUCACGGGGAAAACGAAGGAGCAGCGGCAAGAACAGCGCGAUCUGCUGUUGUCCAUGACUCCACACGAGCUGCACGAGCUGGCGCAGACUUCCUUUGUUUGCGAUGCUGCGCAAUUGCGCAGCUGUGUGUUUGGCACGAAGGAGAGCAGCGCGGAGGUGGAUAAAGAGGCAUCGUGGAUAGUGGAAGAGUUGGAUUUGGGCCUGGACCAACAACAAUAA